AUGACAACACCGUCGCCAGCUCCAGCUCCAGCGCCAGCGCCAGCGCCAGAGCGAGAAGGCGUCGUGGCGGUGCGAGGUGACGAACGAGCCAUUCUCGACCGGCAGCUGCAUGGGCUCCCCCGUCUCGAGGGUGAAAGCGUCGCCAAGCCUACCAUUCAGCAGUAUGCGAACACGACCGAUAGAGUUGUGCUAGGCGUUGCCGCCAUAUGUGCCGUCGUCGCAGGCGCGGUGAACCCGUUGGUCCCGGUCAUCUAUGGCCUGUUCGUGGGCGUCUUCGAGGAUUUUAGCAAGGGCUCGGUGAGCGAAGCCCAGCUACGGAGCAAAGUCGCCAUCUUCGCCGUCUACUAUGUCUACCUCGCAAUUGGGCUCUUCAUCUUCAGCUUCCUGGCCACCGUCGGUUUCUUCUGGAGCGGUGAGCGCAUCACCCGAGCGUUGAGGACCACCUAUCUAUCUGCUGUCCUGCGUCAAAACAUGGCUUUCUUUGACAUUCUCGACCCCGGCGAGGUCUCCAAUCGCAUCAUGUCCGAUAUGGGGAUCCUGCAAGAGGCCAUUACCAGCAAGUUGGCCAUCCUGCUUACUGCCAUCGCUACCUUUUGUGCUGCCUUUGUCGUCAUGUUCGUCAUGUACUGGAAAACGGCUCUGAUCCUCACACCUUUCUUUGUGUUCAUGCUUGUCCUGGCAUAUCUAUGCGGCGAACAGGCGGUUCGACAUCAGAAGGCAUCUCGCACACUGUUCAGCCACGCCAGUGGCAUGGUAGGGGAGGCCUUUGGUGCCAUCCGCCAGGUCUUGACCUUCGGAAUGCAGCCCCUCAUAUACCGUCGUUACUCUGCUGCACUGACAGAAGCUGCGUUGGAGGAGCGCAAAGGCCAGAAUAUCUCGUCCGGGCUGAUCGCAACCAUGAACACGCUACCAUGCCUCAUCUACGCCAUCGCUUUUUGGGCGGGAUCCAUCUACACGAUGAAGGGAGACGUGUCUUCAGGGAGUAUAGUGACGACGGUGCUCGCCGUCAUCAUUGGUAUUUUUGCCCUGAUACGCAUCGCGCCCUCUGUCCAGGCGCUGACUAUGGGCGUCGCCAUCUCCUCCGUUCUUCUGGAUACUAUCGGCCGACGGUCCUCUCAGGAUCCUCUUGCCGAACAGGGUGAAAAGCCCAGUAUCGUGCGUGGUGAAAUAAAAUUAGAUCAAGUCGACCUCAUCUAUCCUUCUCGGGAUAGAGUCAAAGUCCUCAAAAAUGUUUCUAUGACGAUCCCAGCGGGUAAGAAAACAGCGAUAGUUGGCCCUUCGGGAGGAGGUAAGAGCAGUAUCUUUGCCUUGCUUGAAAGGUUUUACGAACCUACCAACGGGAGGCUCAUGCUCGAUGGUCGAGACAUUCAAACGCUUAAUCUGCAUUGGCUACGUCAGCAGAUAGGGUUGGUGGACCAAGACCUCGUUCUUUUUGACGCGACGGUCAUGGAAAAUAUCUGCUACGGCUGCUCCACCACCGGUUCUGUGCUGCAUGACAAGGCAGUGGAAGCCGCGAAAAAGGGCCAAGUGCACGAGUUCAUCCAAAGUUUGCCCGAAGGAUAUCAUACGCGAGUAGGCGAGCGAGGUCUACAAUUCUCCGGUGGCCAGCGACAGCGGCUGGCCAUUGCUCGUGCCUUAGUUCGUGAUCCCAAGAUCCUCCUUUUUGACGAGGCAACCUCUGCGCUGGAUUCCUUUUCCGAAAAGGCCGUUCAGGCCGCCAUAGAUGCUGCAGCGGAGCAAUGCACGAUCAUUGUCAUUGCACACAGGCUGUCGACAAUCACUAACGCCGACCACAUUGUGGUCAUGGCCGAAGGAAGCGUUGCGGAGCAGGGGACGCAUGCCGAGCUCAUGUUUUGGAAUGGAUUAUACGCAGAUUUGAUAGAACAGCAGCGGAUUAAGGACGAAAGUUCUGACGUAGCCCUACCGUCACUUACUGAUGAGAAAAUCGAUUCGACAGAGGUGCAAGCCCUUCAAGGAGCACACGAGGAAACCAUGAAGGCUGCAUCGCUCAAAAUCGCUGAGUCAAACCUGGAUCCUGAUGAGCCGAGUCAUGCAAACAAGAGGAGAUCAAUCUUGUUUAUGCUUUCCAUGAGCCGAGGAGAUUGGAAAAUGCUACUCGUCGGUCUUGUAUGUGCCGUACUCGGUGGCUUAAUGAUACCUGCACAAUCCGUACUGACGGCCGAGCUUAUACCUACCGUAUCACUGCCUUCAAACCGAUACGGAGAGCUUCGACGUCGUACCAAUCUUUAUUGCGGUCUUUUUCUGCUUCUCGCCGGGGCCGGGCUGGUCUUCUGGAUGGUGGUCUGCGUGACACUGUCUAGAGCGACACAGAAUCUAUGCCAAAGGAUUCGAGAACGAUGUUGUGAGCGCAUCAUGCAGAUGGACGUGGCGUUUUUCGACAGGCCGGAAAGCUCACCGAGCGCGCUCGCGGGUGUUUUGUCCAAAGGCAUUGACGACCUUGCAGGCAUGGGUGGUCCAGUUAUCGGCGGCAUAAUGACGUUCAUGGCCACUAUCGUUGGAGGCAUUGUUGUUUCAGUGAUCAUUGGCUGGAAGCUGGCUCUAGUGUGCACAGCGACAAUCCCGAUCGUCGUUGCAUGUGGCUGGCUCAGGCUACAAGUCCUGGCGUCAUUUGACGCUAGGUCAAGGCAGAGUGGCUUCCGUGCAGCAAUAUAUGCUGGGGAGCUUGUUCGAUCCGUACGUGCCGUUGCUUCGUUGGGCAUGGAGACACAGGCCAUGGCGCUUUACGACAACUUUCUCAUCGCCCAGGCCAUGGACUCCUGGCGCCCCAUCCUCUCCGCUUCAGUUCUAUACGCCGCUUCACAGUCCGUUGUAUACCUUUGCGCAGCUUUGGCAUUCUGGUUUGGUGGGACCCUCAUUGCCGCCGGCGAAUACUCCGACUUCCAAGUUUACGUAUGCAUUAUUAGUCUGGUCUCCGGGGCGCAAAUCGCCGGAUCUGUCUUCAACUUUGCACCAGAUAUGGGAAAGGCGGCUCACAGCGCACAAGACAUUGAAAAAAUACUGAAGGGGAACCAGGCCGAGCACGAAUCAACUUCGGAAAAAGCUCAAGUUCCAGGAAAUGGUUUGCCCGAAAGUUACGCGGAGUGCCACAUCGAUUUCCGCAAAGUUUCAUUUAGAUAUCCUACCAGACCAACACAGCAUGCCCUAGAAGAUUUCACCAUACGCGUCCCUGCCGGUCGAACACUUGCGCUGGUGGGACAAAGCGGAAGUGGGAAGAGUACCUGUAUUUCGCUCCUCGCUCGAUUCUACCAGCAGGAACAAGGCCAGAUCACCAUCGGUGGGGCCGACAUCCGCGAUAUGGACAUCCGACGUUAUCGAUCAGCCAUUGCUCUUGUCAGUCAGGACGCGAUCAUAUUUUCGGGGUCUCUGCGGGAAAAUAUCGCCGUGGGUCUGGUUGACGAAGUAGUGGACGAUGCUCGAAUUCUAGACGUAUGUCGGCAAACCAACCUCAUGGACUUCGUAGACUCCCUCCCUGAAGGGCUAUCAACCCACCUAGGAACCAGCGGGCGGAUGCUUAGCGGCGGACAGAAGCAACGCCUUGCUUUGGCACGCGCGUUGCUGCGCGAUCCCAAGAUCCUAUUACUUGAUGAAGCCACUUCGGCGUUGGACAGCGAAUCCGAGGCUGUAGUACAGCGGGCCAUCGAUGCGCUUCGCAAACAACGGACGACUGUCAUGGUCGCUCACCGCCUUAAAACAGUCAUGAAUGCAGACAUAAUUGGGGUCAUGGAUAAGGGGAAGUUGGCUGAAUUGGGCAGCCCCGCGGAGCUCAUGGCUAAGAGGGGAUUGUUCUGGAAUAUGGCACAGCUGCAGGAUCUUGCUUGA